CACCCGACCGUCCUUAUCUGGACAGGAAUCUCCACAAGAUUUUUAUUGAGCCCUCUGUUCAAAAAGGCACAAAAAUAUUACUUAAGAGGGUGGAAGAGCGUGGGCCGCAUCGCCUCCACAGGACCAGCCUGAAAAACCAUCCAUAUAUUUUUAACAGAAUACAAGAGUGUUGAAAAUGUAUCAAAGCCUGGCCUUGUCCUCAAACCAGUCCCCUUACGCGCAUGACACCGGGAAUUACAUCCAUCCCUCAGCCAGCUCUCCGGUCUACGUCCCUACCACCAGAGUCCCAGCCAUGCUGCCCACCCUGUCCUACCUGCAGACGUGCGACUCGCCCCACCAGUCCCACGGCCUCGGCGGGCAUCACGGCUGGCCCCAGACCGGCACGGACGGCUCCUCCUUCACGCCCAGCAGCCCUCACCCUCACCAUGGCUUCUCCUACUCGCACAGCCCGCCCGUCAGCAGCAACACCGGCCGGGAUGGAACCUAUCAGAGCCCGCUGGUUCUCGGAAACGGCGCUCGAGCGGAUCAGUACGGAGGUGCUCUGGUGCGCUCGGUCGGAGGCUCCUACUCCAGCCCCUACGCUUACGUGAGCCCGGAGAUGGCGACGUCCUCUUGGACGCCAGGACCCUUCGAAAGCGGAGUGAUCAGUCUGCAGGGUCGACAGGGCGGUCUGUCUGGAAGAAGGUCCAGUCUGGACCUGCUGGACGACAUGCCCACUGAGGGCAGAGAGUGCGUCAACUGCGGAUCCGUGUCCACGCCGCUGUGGCGCAGAGACGGCACCGGACACUACCUGUGUAACGCCUGCGGCCUCUACCACAAGAUGAACGGCAUCAACAGGCCGCUCAUCAAACCACAGAAACGACUGCAGACCACGCCCCGCCGAGCUGGCCUGUGCUGCACCAACUGCCACACCAGCACCACCACACUGUGGAGGCGCAACGCAGAGGGAGAACCUGUCUGUAAUGCCUGUGGCCUAUACAUGAAACUGCAUGGGGUGCCUAGACCUCUGGCCAUGAAGAAAGAGAGCAUUCAAACCAGGAAGCGCAAACCCAAGAUGCCCAAGAAUAAAACAUCCACAGGAGGAUCCACCACCUCUGACACCAGCUCCCCAACCUCCCUCUCAGUCUCAGAACACGCCUCCACCAUAAAGAGUGAACCCAACAUGGCCCCCUCACCCUACGCCGGACAGACGGUCACAUCCGCCUCUCAGACAGUUUCUCAGAUAGACAGCACAGGAUCAGGACAUGUGGAAAUUAAAUAUGAGGAUUAUCCCUUUACCCCAACCUCCAUGGGUCCACAGAACUCCUGGUGUGCCCUGUCUCAAGCUUGAGCAGCCUCGACCCUCAGGACUGCCAUACUGACAAUACAAAACUCAUUUCGGCUCACUUAGGCAUGGAGGCCGUCUCUCCAUCCUGCAGCUAUUCCUUGUGAUUCUGGAGCUGUGGAGGAACAGUGUUGCAUAAGCAUCAAAUGGGGCUCAAGCAGUAUCUGAUCAUUUGCUGGCCAUAUAAUAUACUGUACUGUGUCACACUGGCCCUGUACCUGACAGGCUCAACACAGCUCACCAGGACCACACUUUAAUUCAACAAGGACACAGGGUACCUGGACAGCAGUUUUACAAAAGAGGAUGAGUGUGUAUUAUCCCCAGCACAGUGACUCAACAGCUCAGCCAGAGCAAAGAACACAGGUGAACUCAGCAGGCCACAUUUCCUCAGCACAACAACAAGAACUACCUACUAAAAGAAAUGUCGAUUGUUGGAGAAACACUACACCAAAUAUACCAAUGCAAAGACAAUCAAGUGGAAUGUAAAAAUGCUAACUCAUUUUUGUAGUGCAUAAGCAAUUUUCUUGUUAGCUUUCAUCACUGCCAUUGCUUUCUGUGGUGUUUUUAAAGAACAUAAUGAGAACACUUAGAGCAUUUUAUCGUUAUCACAGAAAGAAAACUGUAAAAUGAACAGAAAAUACCUUUUUUAUUGCUGUUGAACAUGUCUCAUUACCAACAUGUAGAUGAUUAACUUUUAUAGACACAUUAUUUAUGUUGAGAUAAGGACAGUUAAAAGUCAUGGUGGACACUAAAACCAGCCAGUUAUAAUCCACUGCUCACUGUUGUUGAAUGGCUGCUGUGUUGUAUGAUUCUAAGCUAUGACACUUAGAUUAAAUGCGUGAUUUGUUUUUACGAGAUACAACAGCUAUUAAAUGCAUCUUGUAAAAUCUGCGAGAAAAUCAAAACCAGUCGUUUUGAUUCUGACAUCAUGACUACAGGAGUUUAUUAUUUUACUGUUUGACAUUAAUUAAAGUGCAAUGACUCAAUUUUUCUUUCUAGAAAUUGAAGGCAAAACACAAAGAGUGAGAAAUUAUUCAAAACAUAUUAAUCUAAUUUUACUGUCUGUAUUUUGCCAAUAUGUAAGGGAAUUUUAUCAUUAUACUGUUCUUAAAAACUCUGUUUUCUCUUUUUUCAGUGCUCUUCAGAAUCUGUUCAGGAUAAUAAACUGAUUCACA